AUGUCAUUUUAUUUGACUUUCCAGAUCCUCAAGUUCAGUAAGUCUUCAAGCGAAAGGAAACUGGUAUUUCUACCUUUGUUCAUCAACUUGAAUUAUUUCGGUUACAAUAUCGAAUCAUUAAGAUAUGUUGACAGUUCGAAUGAUUUACUGGAUCUAAAGAAAAGAUUGGAUUUUAAAUUGAAGAACUGUAUUGUGAACUUCAAGUUGUUGAACUUGAAAGAGUUCAAAACAGUUGAGAAUGACUUGGACUUCAGAUUAUACCUCAAUCGACCAACCAUUAGUGGGUUAGAAGUUAUCAUGAGCCACUCAAAGGACCAUGAUUUGGAUAGUAACAAUAAAUUCAAGGGCUUCAGUAUACUGGGCUUCAAUGAUGAACUGACUGGGAGUAAUAACGAUAAUGAAAAUAAUGAAAAUAAUGACAACGACCAUAAAGGUCAACUAACGAGACAUAAGAUAAUAACAUCAAUCGAUGGAGAUACAAAUAAGGCAAAUAUGAACAUUGAUUUCACAUGGUCUAUUAAAUUCUUCAAUUUCAAUACCAACUUUUUAUUAAAUCAGCCUCCAAUCACUCAAGAAACUGAUUACAGGAUUCAAUUCAAUGGAGAAUCAGGAAUUUUCGAUCUAAAACAUAUUGGUAAAAUCAAGUUCAACGGAAUUAUCGAAGGAAAUGACAUUAAGUUCGAAAACCUACUCGUAGAGAUUGAAAACGAUAGGGUAUACAAGGUUAUAUAA